AUGCUCAGCGCCAGAUGGAGGGAUCGCGAUUUGCAGCAUAUUCGCGAUCAACUCUUGGAAGCUUUCGGCCGGGCCACGCUGAUGAUCGAUUUUGGUGAACACGUGAAUACAAGCUUAGAAGACUCUCUCGAUGCACUGAUCCGACGUUCCAGAAGUGCCGAGCUUAUACAUCGAGGACUUAAAAUUGUAUUGGUCGGCCGGUCGAAUUCUGAAAAAAGCAGUUUAUUAAACCGACUUGUCGAACGAGAUGUUGCCAUUGUGUCAAACAUCCCUGAUACGACCCGGGACUCAAUUGAGGUUCGUCUACAGAUAAAUGGCGCCAUGCUGACAGCUACCCUCGUUGAUACAGCAGGGAUUCGUGACAACAACGACCCGAUCGAGAAAGAAGGCGUCAAGGGAGCGAGGGAAAAGCUGAAAGCAGCGGAUAUCGUCGUAGCUGUGUCUGAUGCUCGACAGGACGACAUUGUGCUUGACGAACCUCUCAUCGAUCUACAAGAGGCUGUACGGCGCGCCAAUCAUUGCUGUGAAAAA